AUGGAUUCAUCUUCAACGGAGUUAGAUCCACUUGCUGAAUUUAUUGAAGAUAUUGGAGGGAAUAUAAGGGGUGAUGAGCUAGAUCAGAUGAAAAGAUUGUCAGUUCCAUUAUUAUCACAAAAUAAAAUUGAAAAAUGCAAUUCAGCAGCCGGAUUGUUAACAGCACUUGCUGAAAAUGGAAAAAUAUCUACAAAUAAUAUGGAUAAUCUUAUCAGUAUGUUGCAACUGGCUAAACGACAAGAUCUUGUUGAGGAGGUUGAACGUUUCGUGGGAGAACGCAACAAAAACGAAAAGCAGAGACGAAUAUCGACGAUAUCAUCGAACACUAAAUCUCAGAAAGGUAGAAGUUGCUAUUUUAGGCUUGACAUGAAUAUUAAAAAAAAUAUGUUGGCGAAAUACCACGACCUACUUGUAAAAGCUUUCGAGAAUCAAAUGAAAAUCAUCAUGAAAGGUGGUAACCACAAAAAGCUAUCACAGAUUCGGCAAGUAAUAUUCGAGCUUCAGCAACAGAUAGAAAAAAUUGAAGAGGGCAGCAUAAUUCUGAUUGUCAGAUGUUUCUCAGUGGGUGGCGUAAUAUCACUGACACAUGCACUAGUAUUCGGCGAAUUGGAAGAGAAGAUGACACAACUAUUGAUAACAGAUGAGAUGAAAGCAAUACUGGCGAAAGAGGAUGUUGAUCAAAAUAUACGUAUAUCAGUGACUAUGGAUCUCAGGCAUCUUAAGUGGGCAAAGACAUUUUUUGAAGGUUUGGAGGCUGAACGGGUUUGUCAUGCUGAUACCAGAACGCGCAUCCGGAAAGGACAAAUGUAUGAAUGUUUAGACUUGGAGGUGCAGGACAGACGUUCAACGGAUACAUAUAUACAAUUAAACUCCAAACCUCGUGAAAUGCCAACUGAAGCAGACAGGAAAAUAGAAGAACUUCAAGAAAAGAUUGAAAUGAAGAACGAAUUGAUUAAUCGGUUGACUACGAACGUGUAUCUAAUAAGAAAUACCAUCAACCGCCUUCUACACGAAUAUGACGAUUUUGAUCCGAAAACACAGAUACAAGUGCUGAAAUUAAUAGCAACAAUUUCCAAUUUUCCAGUAGUCGGUAAAGACACAGCCGAAAAAAAGGAAAUUUUACACGGUAAAGGCACUGAUGAAACACAAGGGAAAAUAAGCGAUGAUAACGAAGAUGGAGAAUAUAAGGAGUAUGGUGAAUUAUCAGAUCAAAGUAGCUAUGACACCAGUAAAGGUAAAGGCACUGAUGAAAUACAAGGAAAAAUAAGCGGUAAAGACAUUAAGGCAAAAGAGGAAACACUUGGUGGUGAGCAAAAAUUGUCUUGCAAUUGCUGUAGUCGUUUAUUUAUGCUAGAAUUUAUAAUUGAUAUUGUCAAAAUUGAUCUGACCAGAUUUUUUCAAACUGGCAACUUAUUGUGUGGUGAUGUGCUAUACGAUUUAUAUAUGGACACCGCUGAAAAAGAGGAAACAUCAAGUGAAGAUAAUGAAGAUGAAGAAUAUAAGGAAUAUGGUGAAUUUUCAGAUCAAAGUAGCUCUGACACCAGAAAAGGUACAAAACCUAAAGCUAAAAGCUCUGUCUCACUGGUGAAGCAAAAGAUGCCAAAAAAAGGUGACGAUUUUGUAGCCGAAUGUCUAGCAAGAUUGCCAGACUACAAUGCAAUUAGACUAUCCUCUGGUUCUAUUGAUGGAGAUGAUUGGAUGAGUGCUAUAGUGGCCUAUCUAUUGAUAGAAUGUGUACAACUUGUGGAAGAUUUCAUACAAAAUAUCCUUUACCCACUAAAAUCGAAGAAUACAUGGCGAGCCGAGAGACACUUCUCGAUGAGUGAAUCUGUAACUCCAAGUACAAGUCGUGAUGUUUUACAUUCUGAAAGUGACAGCAAUAGUGAUGAUGAUGACAUCGACGUGUUUAUUGAACAACUGGGUAUGGCACUUUCUUAUGAAUCUCUUGAGAGGAUGAAGCGCCUGGCGGUACGGAAACGACCAGAUCUGGAGUGUUUAAGGAAAUACUUUCCUGAUGCAGCAGUAUUCUUGUUCACCCUGUCAGAUGAGGGUCUUAUAUCUGAAAACAACUUCAGAUUUCUAUAUAAGCUUCUGAAAGGAGCCGGCAGGGAAGAUCUUAUUGAGAAGGUGAAAACAUUUAAAGAAAAAGGACGAACUAAAAUUCGAAAAGAUAAACACCCAUUCACUGAUAUCCCUGUGCCUAUUGGUCUAUCCAGGGCAACCAUUAGAGAUCAAGCACUUUAUUUUGCACUGAUGAAAGAAUUCAAUAUCGAAAUGACGCAAAUCACGAGCAGCGAUGCUUCACAGGAAGACAAAAUCCGGAAGAAGAAAGAGGCUCUCCGACAAUUGAAAACCAAUUUAGAGUUGAUACAGAUCUAA